CAAGACGGCCAGACGAGAUAUUCUCCUGGCUAGUAUUAGUUCCCAUAAUAAGUGCUUGUCUCAUUAGUCGUGGGCAUCGACUGCGGACAAUAUGGCCAUCAUUGGUCGAAAAGAAGAGCUGGGAGACCCACGGGUUUCUGAUAUCGCACGCAACGACACCAAGAAAUGGUACCACAAGCCCAACCUCCGUUUCCUAUACCUUAUCCUUGUGCCUUGUGGCCUGGGUGUCGAAUGGACCUCCGGAUUUGAUUCAUCAAUGAUGAAUAGCUUGCAAGCUGUAGCUUCAUGGGUUGAAUACUUCAACAACCCCACUAGUGAUCGGCUCGGUCUUCUGAACGCGAUGUAUUCUUUGGGUGGUCUAAUGGCUGUGCCAUUUGUCCCCAGCGUGUCGCAGUUACUGGGCCGUCGUUGGACGAUUGCUACAGGCUCACUGAUCAUGUUUCUCGGAGCCGGGUUACAAGCUGGCGCUCUGAACCAGGACAUGUUCUUGGCAUCUCGCUGGGUCCUUGGCUUCGGUAUACCAUUUGCCAUAGUCAAUGCAUCUUCUCUCAUCGGUGAGCUAUCAUACGAAAAGGAGCGGCCGUUCAUGACAUCUCUUUUCAACGCUUCCUGGUUCGUCGGUGCUAUCGUCGCAGCCGGCACAACUUACGGUACUUUUCAAAUGAGCAGUACUUGGGCAUGGCGGCUUCCGUCGCUGUUGCAAUUCGUGCCAAGCAUGUGCCAGUUGUGCUUCUUGCCAUUCUGCCCAGAAAGUCCACGUUGGCUCGUUUCGAAAGACCGGAGCGAUGAAGCCUUCGCCAUACUGUCAAAGUAUCACGGAGAAGGCGAACACGGCGAGGAAUUUGUCCGCCUGGAAUUCGCCCAGAUACAGAGUACGCUCGCGCUGGAAAAGGAAACAGAAAAGUCAUUCAUCUGGGCAGAUGUGUUUCGAGACGCGCCAAUGAGGCGCCGAUUUCUGCUUGCGGUCAUCAUUGGUAUUUUUACUCAGUGGAGCGGUAACGGGCUUUUGUCUUUUUACAUGAAAAAGAUCCUCAACCUCGUGGGAAUUAAUGACAACCUGACGAUUCAGAGAAUCAUACUGGGCAAGAGUUGCUGGGAUCUCGUAACAGGAGUGCCCAUCGCCUUGACUGCGCCUCGGUUCAGACGCAGAGUCAUGUUCCUUACCUGUACGUGCGGAGCGGCAUGCGUUUACGUGGCUUGGACGAUUGCUUCGGCACGGUAUGCCAUUGACAACACAGCAGCAGCUGGCAUUCCCGUACUGGUCUUCAUUUUCCUCUACUCGCCGUUCUACAACCUCGGCUGGAACGCACUGACCUAUACCUACCUAGUUGAGAUAUUUCCGUAUAGUCAGCGCUCCAAGGGCAUUGCUGUGGAACAGCUGGCGGUGCGCACGGCUGUCUUCUUCAACACCUACGUCAACCCGAUUGCUCUGGACAAGAUCGGAUGGAAGUACUACAUCGUCUACUGUGUGUGGAUUCUCGUCGAGAUAACGACCGUCUAUCUCCUAUUUCCGGAAACAAAAGGCCGCACGCUGGAAGAACUCGCCUUUAUGUUUGAGGGCCGCGAGGCUCGGGAGAGGCAAGCCCGCGGUGUGGAAAAACAGCUGGAGCUGGAGCUGGAACCGACUACUAUUCACGUUUCGGAUACCAACCACUCAAAGGCUUGAAAGGAAACGGCAUAUAAUGGCUCUUCGUGGUACUUUGCCAAAGACCUCUACUGGCGGAAGAGCUUUCUCAGCAACGGGCUGAGUAGAUUGUCUCCGUCCUUGGAAACCGCACUCUAAGACUACCAAGCGGUAGAAACAAAGCUUGCGCUUCGAUUUACCGAUGCCUAUAUAGCCCAUAUACUAUUCUGA